GGCCGGCAAGCCGCGGCGGAGGCUCCUGCAGCGGUCGCCGACGCUUUGGUGGAGAGUUUUUCUGCGCCUCUCCGACCUGACCCUUUCAGCGCUUUGCUCCGCGCCAGCCUACCUCGCUCUUCGGCGCCAUGACCACCACCACCACCUUCAAGGGCGUCGACCCCAACAGCAGGAACAGCUCCCGGGUUUUGCGGCCUCCCGGUGGUGGAUCCAAUUUUUCGUUGGGUUUUGAUGAACCAACAGAACAACCCGUGAGGAGGAACAAGAUGGCCUCCAGCAUCUUUGGGACGCCUGAGGAAAACCCCCCUUCCUGGGCCAAGUCGGCAGGUGCCAAGUCUAGUGGGGGCAGGGAAGAUUCUGAGUCAUCUGGACCCCAGAGAAGGAAUUCUUCUGAAGCGAACUCUGGAGACUUCUUAGAUCUGAAGGGAGAAGGUGACAUUCAUGAAAACGUGGACACAGACCUGCAGGCCAGCCUGGGGCAGAGCGAGGAGAAGCCUGUGCCCGCCGCCCCUGUGCCCAGCCCCGUGGCGCCGGCGCCUGUGCCGUCCCGGAGAAACCCCCCUGGCGGCAAGUCCAGCCUCGUCCUGGGUUAGCUCUGUCUGCCCGGAACUCUGUCGUUUUGUUUCUUUGUUUUUUUCCAUGCUUGUGAACUGCACAACUUGAGCCUGACUGUACAUCUUUUGGAUUUGUUUCAUUAAAAAAGAAGCACUUUA